GUUUUUAUGUGCAUCAGAAUUUUUAAAUUAUAACUGAAACGGUGCUGCAUAUUUUGUUAGAACGAAUGUCAUAACCAUUUUUAAAAAAAAAGUUCAUAUGUAAUAUCACAAGAAAGUAUUCGUAAUAUCAGUUGGAUUCCACUGUUUGUCGAUUUUAUAACAUUCAACAGUGAUCUCUUCGUUAUACGAAGUGAAAGUAUUCGUGUCUGUAUGUUGGUGAAGCGAUGUUAAUGAAUUUUUGUCAGUAGUCUAAAAGAGAAGUUACCUGGUUUAAAAAUAUAUCUAUUUGAGACAAGUAAAAUUCUUUUCUUAGAUACAAGAAUAAAAUUUUCAUAACCUCACAUUUUCAAGAUUGACGAUACAGUAAAUUAUGCAUAAAAUUUGAGAGGUAGUGUAGCUGAUUGUCAGAAAAGUACACCUCAAUAUCAUCCUCAGCAAUGAGCUCGUCGGGAUUGUCCAAAAUUGUGUUGUCAUCCCCAGGACAGUGCGAGCCCCAGGCUUCAGAAAUUAGCAGUAGUCCCACAUCAUCGUCAGCUGUUUUUAGUCGCCUGAAAUUCGAACAUUCAAUUGAUCAAAGUCAGUCACAGUUGGCACGUGAUGGUCACAAUAAAAGGCUGAAAAUAUUACGGAAGGAGCUGGACUACUUACAGAGUACUGCUUGGAAGUAUCAGUCUAUUGACAAGUACAUUGGGCAGUAACAUUUGUAACAAUGAUUUCGUUAUUGAGGAAAGUUGGUAGUUAUAUUUUCGGCUCUCUAAUAGACGAGCCGAAAAUUGAAACUGCAGUUGAUAUAGAUGCCAUUAUCACAGCAAUAGAAACUGAUGAUGCACAUGAUUUUACCAAAUCAGAAGUAACAGUUUCAGUAACAGACAUUGUUGAUACUUGUCAGCAUCGUGUUGGUACAGUGACAGCACUGUAUACAAAUUAUGGUAUGAUAGAUGGAAUAUUAUAUUUUGACCUUCGUGAUGCACCAGCUGAAGUGUUACGUGUAGGACAUCGUGUGUUAUAUCUUGCCUUUCGUCGGCAGAAGAAUGAAGAGUGGAAAGUUCGGAAAAUAUAUUGUAUACAGGAUGAAAACUGGGAGAAGGACUAUGAAGAUGAUGGUGAAGUUGAAGUUGAGGUUUCAAAGGCACAGCACAAAGACGUCAUGAAGAGAAACAUGGUGUGUCAGGUUACUCAGAGAGAAGGACGGGAAGUGAUUUUGAUCCCUGGAAAGAUUCGCUGCAGUUUGGAUGAUGUGUCAGCUGACUUUACACCAUUAGAAGGUGACUGGGUGGUGAUUACUGCUGUGGUUGAAGUGAAUGAGGAGGUGUGUGAUUUGGGUGGAGAAGUGCUGGAUAUAGAGAAAAUAAGCCCCCUCCGUACUCAGAUACUGACUGGUUGUGUAACACACUGGAAUCAGAACAGUGAUGGAGUUGUAGACCAAAAUGUGUAUUUCACUCGAGAUUCAUGUGAACCUGGAUAUAUACCACGUCUGGGAGAUAAAGUUGUGGUAGAAGCUAUUGAGAGUGAACAAGGCAUACUCACCUGGCGAUCUCUGACUACUGUCCCGGCAUUCAUAGGAAGCCAAGAGUUGCAACUUCCAUUUCAGAUCCCUGACCAGUUGGAAACCCUUCUGCAGGAAAAGAGGGGGAUUAUUAUUACAAAACGUUUGAAUUUUGGUGUGUUGAAUAUGGGUGAGAAGAAAGAAAUAGUGGCAGAAGUCACAAAUACUGGAUUGUGCAGUCAUUAUUUUGUACGAGGAACAUUUCAUUCGCGUCGUUCAGAAUCUCAGUUUGUCCUCUAUCAGCCAAGAGAUGGAGAACUAGAUGUGAUUCAUCCCAGCCAGACAGUACAAUUUCAUUUUGGUUGUAAAGGAAGGUUUAUUGGUAGUUCUUCAGAACUGUUUGUGUUUACCUUCAGAGGUUUCAAGAUUGGGCGUAACCUGCAGGUGGAGGUACAAGAUCCAUUGCAUAAGUUCAUAGUGCCAGUGCAGAAUGGGAGGAAGUUUGAUCGUGACAGUGACUGGCAGAAAGCUCUCCAAGCAAGGAAUAAGCGAAUGUUGAUUUCUGGGGUUAGACCUACUAGAGCACCUGCUUUUGUACCUGUUCGACUGGGAUCAUUUCCAAUUCCUGAUCGGCUGUGGCAGGCAGUGGUAGGAAAUGAUGGGGAAAGACGAAGCAUUGAAGAUGUCAAAUUUGCCAUAGAAAAUGUUGCCCCAUAUAUUUUCUCAGAUCUGAAGAUAUCAAAUUACAGUGAUCAUUUCCACGGUCUCCUCUAUUUGGAGGAGAUUGAAACUGUAUUAAAUAUGCAGAAGUAUGACCUUGAAAGAGUUUGCUUCCGGAUAGCAGGACCUGAUAAAGAAUUCCUAGCACUUGAGGUUCCAGGUCUGGCUGAAAGGAGGCCAUCACUUCUCCGAGGUGACCGUGUUAUAGCAUCAAGUGUGGUGCCACAGGACAGUGCAGAUUUUCAGUUUGAAGGCUUCAUUCACAAAGUAUUCAGUACUGAAGUCUGGAUCAAGUUCAGUUCUAACUUCCAUUUAUCAUACAAUGGAAGUGAAUAUAAGGUUUCAUUUCACUUUUCCCGAACCCCAAUGAGACGAUGUCAUGCAGCUGUAAACAUGGCACUGAAGCAUUUAGGGCCACAGAUGUUGUUCCCUACAACAGUGAAAGUUCAGCCACCACAACUACACUUAGAGGAAACAGAGUCAGCCUGUACAUCAGAUGGGCAUGUAAGCUCAGAAGACAUGAAGAACUGUACAGCUUCAAAUGAAUGUUCCUUUGAAUCAUCUGUUUCUGGUGGAAGGAGGACCCCACCGAGAUUACCAGUUGUUGAACGAUUAUUUGGUUUAAAAAUGUCAUCCAAUUCUAUUGAUAGUAAGAAUGAGGACAGCCAGCUGUCUUCUUGUCUUUCUGACAUGCCAGCUAAGUGUCGCAUGAAUGCAUUACAUAAUAGCUCUAAAAUGUCGGAAGAUACACAGUCUAGUGACUUGAAGCAGUAUGUUAAAUGUGAGGAAACCACAAAACCACACAAGCAAAAAAAUGGUUUGUUGAAGGAGGCCAAAGUUCUGAAUAUACAGAAAAGGAAGAUAAAGUGGUUUAACAGUAAUUUGAAUUUCCAUCAAAAGGAAGCAGUGCACAACAUAUUGAAGGGAGAGGCUCGACCCUUACCCUACGUGAUUUUUGGGCCCCCAGGGACUGGAAAAACAGUUACAAUUAUUGAAGCUGUCCUUCAAAUAUUAACCCUUCUACCAGACAGCAGGUUGCUGGUAGCAACUCCUUCUAACAGUUCAGCAGAUCUUGUUGCUGAACGUUUGUUGGACUCUGGACUCCUGAUCCCAGGCGACCUGGUCCGUCUUGUGAGCUAUCAUUGUAUAGCAGAGGGAAAACUACCAAAGAAGUUGGUACCUUAUUGUACCACUGGAGAUACUGGGUUGCUGAGUAAUGAUGCUGGCAAUCCAACCACAGUGGAUGAGCCCCUGAGAACUUCAUCCAGUGCCCAGACACUCGGAAGACACAGAGUAACUGUUGGUACUUGCAUUGGCCUUGGACAGCUGUACAGCAUGGGGUUUACACGAGGACAUUUCACACAUGUAUUCAUUGAUGAAGCAGGACAAGCAACUGAACCUGAAAUAUUAGUGCCUUUGGCUUUCAUCCACACGAGCCGAGGACAAGUGGUACUUGCUGGGGAUCCACUUCAGCUUGGACCUGUUAUUUUGUCUCCUUUCGCUUCCCAGAUGGGUCUAGCUGAAUCAUUCCUGUCUCGUCUGCUUCAACGCUUUCCAUAUCAACGAGAUCCACAAGGGUUUUCCCAUUCUGGAGGCUACAACCCUCGUCUCAUAACAAAAUUAGCCUUAAAUUAUCGUUCAGUUCCAGAGAUUCUCACACUGCCAAGUUCAUUGUUCUACAAUUCAUACCUCCAGCCUCAGGUUUCACAAACUGUUGGUCCAGAGGCUGAUCUGCUGGCAUCUUUGGCAUCUGAGCUGCCAAAGCGUAGCACAGAAGAUGGUGGUCCACCAGCACUGGUUUUCCAUGGAGUCAGAGGAGAGAAUUAUCAGGAAGGGGAGAGUCCCUCAUGGUACAACCCACAGGAGGUAGUGCAAAGUGUGUACUACCUUAACAUGCUGUAUGGUGUGGGGCUGGCUUACGGUGAUGUGGGCAUUAUCACACCAUACCAGAAACAGGCCCAGAAGCUCCAUGUCCUGCUUGAGGAGUUAGAAGUGCCUAUUCCCAAGAUUGGAUCUGUGGAGGAGUUUCAGGGACAAGAAAGGAAAGUUAUCAUCAUGUCAGCUGUUCGAAGCAGUCCCACAUUGCUCAAGACUGAUAUUCACCAUGCACUAGGCUUCGUUGCUUCCCCAAAACGGCUCAAUGUGGCCUUAACUCGCGCUCGUGCUUUGCUCAUUAUCCUGGGCAACCCUCACCUCCUGGUUCAUGACCCUUCCUGGAGAAGUGUGCUUAAUUAUUGCAUUGAACGAGGUGGUUACACAGGGUGUGAUCUGCCCAUUGACUGUAGCUCCCUCACACUGUAUGACAGUGCAUGAGGCACCAAGAAAAAUACUGUAGUUCUCUUUCUUUUUGUUUCAGAUCCACUGCUGUAUUUGACAAUUGUCUUCCUUAAUUUGUUUCACAUGGUUAGACUUUUAGUUUAGUUGUUUGUAAAUAGUAGUUUUUGACCUGUUCAUUUUUUAUUAAUUUGAACUUGAGAUUUUCUCUUUUUAAUGACAAUGACAUUCCUUGAAGGGACUGCUUUAAGAAUUUGUAAUGGUUUAGCAUGUUGUAGAGAUGCUCGUCAGAGACUGUAUCACACUAACAGUUACUUGAACUCACAGUCCAGAAAUUGGUAAUUGAAUAAAGUGAUACUAAUUGUGUAGAGAUUUGGCAGGACUACAAAAAUUUUAUCUUAAACUGAGGACUCCUAAAUUGGCAUUUCAAUGCUUUAAUCGUUUAUUUCCUGCCUGUUUAUUUCCUACACAAUUGUAAUCAACUUGCAUAUCAUGUAAUCAAGACUAGAACAUAUAAACUAAAGUCAUAAGGAAUCUUAAUUUCCCCCCACCCUUUCAGUUUCUGGUGACGGAAGAGAACUGCCCACAUGUACACCUUCACAUCUGUGAAAUACUAGAUUCAAAUAUCUUGUGUUGGGAUGAAAGAAGAAUCAAAUAAUAUCUUGCCUGAUGUGCAGGGAUGCCUCAUCUUUGUCUGAUUACUCUAGCCUGUUGCUUUUGUGAACAGAACUGUGUGAUAUGUACAUAAAAUCGUGGAAGUGACUCAUAUAUGGCCAGAUACAGAAUGUAAUGCAGCUUCCAAUUGUAGUGCAGACACUUCUUGAAAACUUGUCAUGUUUCCAUCUUACUAAAUAAAUUUGAGUGAAACACU